AUGGAUGAGUACGACAGAAGCGCAAUCUACGAAGUGAUGGAGCAGCAAAGUGUCUCCGUCGCUAAGGCGGGGCACUGCACGUCUCUGCCUGCUCGCACUGCUGUUCUUGCUGCUGCAAACCCUAAGGACGGGCGCUACGAUGUACGAAAGUCGAUGAUGGCUAAUAUGAAUUUACCCGCUGCUCUUCUCUCAAGGUUUGACUUACAGUUUCUGCUGUUAGACAAAGCCGAUGCAGAGACAGACGCGAAGAUGGCUGAGCAUAUUUUGUCUCUUUUCUUGUCUCCUGGAGAAGCUCCUAAACAAAGAAGAAGAGGAGGCAGGAGACAGCAGCAGCAGCAGCAGCAGCAGCAGCAGCAUCCACAAUUCGUUGAUAAGAAUGUUCUCAGGGCAUUCAUAGAUGCUGCAAAAAAAAUACAGCCAGUGCUUAGCGAGAGUUUAUUGCCUCACAUAAGCGAGUGGUAUGCGUCUACGCGGUUUGACGAGCAGCAAGAAGAGAGACUGUCAGGCGUCUUGUCCUCCUACACAACGCCCAGGGCUCUGCUCGGUCUCCUGAGACUCUCGCAAGCGUUAGCUCGGCUUCGUCAGUCUUGGCUGGUGGAGACAGCAGAUUUUGAAGAGGCUCUUCGUUUGCUGCAGUCUUCUGCUGCUUCUGUCUCUGCAGCAGAAGAAAAGAGCAGACAUAAAAGAAAGGCUGAUACUGUCUCUGUUGUCUUUGAUCUACUCAGGAGAAGCCGCGCUCGUAUGAUAGAAGAGAAGGGGUCUAAGUUUGAUGGAUAUGUCCCCCUGGAGCACUUAGAAGCACAAGCUGCUGCAGUUGGGGUGUCUCCGCAGCAGCUGAUGCAGGCUUUAGAACAAUAUGAAGAGCUUCUUAUUAUUGCCUUUAACUCUGAUAGAAGAAAAAUUAUAUUUGUCGAGGAGGCUAGAGACAGAGACAGCGACGAUGAUAAUAUUGAUGUAGAUGAAGAAAACUAA